AUGGAAAACGAACGGCUCAGUCUUAUUACAACGAUAAGGCUUAUGCAAAUUGUUCCGCCCCCUGACAAAAAAUCACCAUGCACUGAAUCGGAUAAUAACAAUACAGAUGCAUGCGCUGAAACGGAGAAUAACGAUACAGAUGCAUGCACUGAAUCGGAUAAUAACAAUACAGAUGCAUGCACUGAAUCGGAUAAUAACAAUACAGAAGAAUAUAUUCAGUCCUUGAUAAAAGAAAAGGCUGUAGAAAUAAAUAAUAAUCAAGAAUCUGCCGCGGCUUUAAGGGAGUGGACUGAUAACCCGACCGACAACACCAUAAAAGCUACCUAUGCAGAAGUUGUGAAAUCACAGGUGGACUGA